CACAAGAGGCUGAGGCUUGAACUUAGCUGUCUAUAAGAGAUAUAAAAUGGGCUUUGUUAAUUGGACAUGCAGCUAAAUAGAUGAGAAAAGCCCCAAAUCCAUUUGGUUCUCUCAUUUUCCUUAGUGAGUCUUAGGGCUAAAACGGGUAUAUUCAAAAUCACACUGUUUAAAUUGAUUUGGAAUUAAUUAGAAAACCACACCUGGCUUUGUAUUCAUAAUAAAUGGUGCUGGUUAAAAAUACCUCAAACCCUAAAGGAAACACUGUUGUUGCCGCUGUCUCUGCUAAGAGUGCAGCCUCUUCCUCUGACAGACUUUGUCAGAAGGAAGCUGAUUAAUUUCUACUCAAUUAAGUUGGUUUUAGCUUAAAACAUAAGUGGAGACAUUAUAUUUUCCCAUUUUUCUUCCAAGAUUUUGAAGGUGUCAUAUACAGCCUUUCUCACACACUUCCAUUUAAUCUUCACCACAACCCUGUGAAAUAGGUUAGGCUGAGAAAUAACAACUAGGCCCAGAUCACCUGGCACUGAACAUGAACAGUCUCUCUUGUCAUUAACAAUCCUCUAUCCACUUUAUCCCUUGUUAAUGGCACACUUUAACAUACUUUAAGCAAUCAAAUAGAAAAUGGAUAGGCCGAAUCUUAAACCACAGCGCUAUAGAUAGAUGUAGUGUUAAGCAUUAGUUAAUAGUUGGAUGUGGUAAACCCUUUGCAUGCAAAGCAUGCCUCACUUGGGUGACAACGUUUCUUUAAUUCAGUAACAAAAGAGUGCUUGCUGAAUGUGAAAAGUAGGUAGUUCUUCUGUAGGUUUUAGAAGACUGUGGCUAGGACUGUAACAGAGAAGGUUCAGCAACUGUGUCCAAAUGGGUGAAAGCAGUGGUCAAGAAAAGACAAAAUGGAUCACAACAAUAAUUGUGAGCUCAUCUCUCCAGGGUCAUGAAGUUUCAACAUCACUUCAGAAUCAGAAACAUAGGAUUCGCUAUUCAGAUUCAGUGGAAGAUGGAUCAAUUAUUUUCUCUCUUUCUGGUGUUGCAUUUUUGUUGGCUGAUGCUCAGGGUUUGUUUGUCACCGACAGAGAAGCCUUUUUUCAAAGAAUAAAGAAGUUCAUGAGCAUUCAUAGGAAUGGAUUUUUGCUUUUGUCAGCUGCCCUUCAUGGACCAAAGGAAUGGGAUGUGAUGUUCAAAGUGCAGCAGAGGUUCUUAGGCAGUAAUUUACGGAUAAUCCCAGUUCACAAUACUCCUGAAGCUGUUAAACUCAUGCUGACUAUAGCAAAGACCACUUCAAAACCACAUGUGGACAACAUUCGUUAUAGGAUGUCAAUGGCAAAGACACAGAUUGUAGAGCAAAGCCCUGUUUGGAAAAUGCUUCAUCAGCGCCAACUGGAUUGUAGUUUAAUUAACACCACUUAAGGUUUUAAUCAAAAUGUUGAUCAAGUUUAUUUACAAAAUACAGUCACAGUUUUACGAUUUAAACCCUGAAACCACAAAGGAAUCAGUUUAUCAGUUUGGAAAAUACAUUUAUGUAAAACACAUUCAGAAUGAAAAUCUGUGUAAUCUGUUUCAACUUUAAUUUCCUGCCUAAGUACCAAAAGACAUUGCUGUUCCCUUAUACUAAUGUUCAAAAAGAAAUACUACUUACAUUUAACUCUGGAAAGAAAUAGCUAUUCCAAUAUCCUUAUACAAUAUUGUGGGAUUAUGAUCAUUAAGACCAUAGAACAACUGCCAGCAAUUUCAAAAUGCAUAGUAAUGUAUUUUAUGCCAAAAUAAUUAUUUGUUGAGUCAUUCCUUCUUUCCUAAGAAUAAUCAUACUGUACUUGUUCUAUUAGUCCUCUUUCUCACAAAUGAAAAUAAACAUUGUUCAAGAGGUAUUCUUUCAAGUCAAUGAUCCUGAUCUCCCAGUGUCAUUAUUCAGGGCUAACAUGACUGGAGAUGUUCUGGCUUCACCAUUUCAGAAAUAAA